UUGGAGGAAGAUGAGGUUAAAUCCUGUCGGUCCCUUGUAAAUCAGAGAAACCUUCUAGAAGGGGAGGUUUAUAUUUGGUUUCCCUUUGACCGGAAGUUAAAACCCACGUCACCUCUCCGUUCAAACCUUUUACCCAAAACUGGCUUCCUCUUCAUCUUCACUCUUAUUUCUUGCACAGAUUUGAAGGUGUGAUUUUGUAAUUAGGUCUAAUUUUGGAAUUUAGUUCACAGAGAAGAAUCGGAGCAAUGUUAGAAGAGUGAUGGCAGAUCUAGCGGAAGACUACAAAGGAAUUUCUUACGACACGACUCGAUUUCUUCUUCUUCUUCUUCAAUAAAUCUAUGUUUCUGAGAUCCAUCAAUUUUACUGACACACCGGGGAGGGAUGGUGGGCAUAUGAUGAUGGCGGUUGGUGGUGGAGGCGGAUGGUGUCUUCAGAGGAAGACAACUCUCCUCAAUGUGCAGUUGCUUAACACUGUGUAGUGCUAUACUAAGUGAUCGUUGAAAUAGGUAGAGAUGUGAUCUGUAAAAUGCAGAAUCCGGGUAAAUUAUUUGAAGAAGCAACGGAAUCAAUACAUAAGACAAAAGCGAUUAAGGAAAUGGAUAAAUUGGUGCUAUACUUGCCAGAUUAGAAAGAAGUACGGUAGUGGAUGAACACACUACUACUUCAUGAGGUAUGGUCCCAAUUCCCUGCCUACAUGGCAGGGACCACACCACUUUUUAUACACACAAGGCACCCAUGUCACCAGGACCUUCUAGAAGCUUCCAGAAGACACCUAGGCGGUUCAUAGCUGGCAUCAAAGAUGCUUUGCCCAACAUAAAGGACAACACGUGUCACCAUUAAGAGAAGGCCACAUAGGCCUGCGACGAUCCAGGGAGCAAGUCUGACGCAACCAGUACGAGGUAUCCAGCGUAAGCAAAUAGAAGGACGCCACGUGUACCACUACACCCUUCGCGACAGAGCAGACCAAGAGGAUAUUCCCCUUGGUCGGACAGCUGGCGCACACCCACAGCUGGCACAGCUGCUUCCUCCUUCUUCACCAUCCGGCUAUAAAUAGGACCCUUCAUCAUUCAGGUUAAGGAUCCUGGCUCUCUUUACUCACUCUAUACACACACUGUUUUAUUCAUCUCAGAGCAGUACUUAUUCUCACGCCGGAGCCUGGUUAAGAGGGAAAACCCCCUUUUCCCCUCUUAACGAGACUAACGGUGUUUACUGUUUUGCAGAUCUCAGGCCUUUGAUACGAGCAAGAGAAGAGGUUGAACCCCUUAAGUGAAACGACCCUCUUGGUUAUCCUUGUGUUAACCAUUGUUUCAACAUUGGCGCCAUCCGCUUUUUUGCAAGACCACUCUCACCUCUUUUUCUCUUUUAGAAAACACUCGUGAAAAUGGCAGACCAAAAUCAUUCACACCCAGCUGACGGAGAAAUCUCUUCUUUUGAACUCGUUUCGGACACGGCACACGUCCAACGCGGUCAAAGGAACGAGACCAUCCAAGAAGGUCAGCUGAACAACGAGUUUCCGUCCAUUUUUGGAAGUGCGUCCAGGGCUGCUAGCCAGACCACAACUGUACCCAUUUUCCAAACACCAACAAGAAUCAUUACUCAAACCACAAACGGGGCUGCUCUCCAACCUCCAACGGGGAUGUUACAUCAAACCCCACCGCCGAUGCAGACUGUAAGCCAGGGGCCAGGCCCUUCGGCGCCAUCGGAACAAGCACAACUCAACUAUUCUGCACUUUUAGGGCUACCCGAAGGAAAAACUCUGGCUUCCUGGUAUGCCGAACAGAUGGCGUCUAUAAACCUCGUUUAUACGCAGCUCAGCGCACAACAAGCCUUGCUCCAAGCACAGGCUAACCAAUCAGCGUUCGUAACUCCACAACCAAGGUCUCUGAGUACACACACGGCUCAGCAGACAAACGCGUGGAACUUACGACCAGAAAGAGAACCAGUGCAACAGGUCAGAAGACCCAGCAUACAAGACACGCGCGAUACCUAUGCGGAAACAGAGAGCAACUUCGUCCAAACUUCCAAUCAACAACGAAGGCCGAUCCAAACCCGUUUGGGCGCACGCAACAUGAAUACAGAAUGGGAAGAGGAGGAAGACGACCCAACGUACAAGGCAGAAUCCACAGUGUUUAGCAGACUUCCUCCAGAACACGAGGCUUACAAACCAACCAAGCGCGCGGGGUACAACCCCAAAGCAGAGCAUGACUUCACCUUGAGCUAUCGUCCUGAGGACAUGGCUGAAAAUUCAAAAUUCAUUCCAGAAAUCGCAUGCGCAGCCAUCGACAAAACAAAGUUACCACACAACGUAGGUAAAUACAAUGGGUUGACGGACCCAGACGAUCACCUCCAGGUGUUUAAAGGUGCGGGAGCAACAGGCGGAUGGAACUUACCAACAUGGUGCCACCUGUUCGCUCAGACAUUCGUCGGCGCGGCGCGCAUUUGGUUCGACAACUUACCGGCUGGCAAAAUCAAAUCAUGGGUCGACUUCCGAGAGAAGUUCUUGGCACACUUCUCUCAGCAACGAAGACAAGCAAGAGAUCCAGGUGAUUGUCUGAACAUAUGGAGAAAAGAUUAUGAAAGCGUAGAAGAUUUCAUUACAAGGUAUAACAAAGAAUGUCUAGAGAUCGGAGACAUACCAGAAAAAAUGAUGCGUGCACACUUCAUGCGAGCAGUCAAGUGCGAUGAUCUGGUUAAAAGAAUCAAAGGGCGAGAUGGAGGACCCAAAGACUGGGAAACCUUCAUUGAAGCGGCCAAGACCAUUGCGCAGACGGAUAGGCAACUGACCGGUGACGAUCACCGUCAGCGCGCACACAACCAUCAUGACCGAAACAACAGAAGGGGCAGAAAUCAACCCUGGAGGGCCUCUGGGAACAGAGAAAGAAGCCCCCCACGGGACGACGCACGCCAUACGAUCAAUCAGAUAGCCCAUCGAAAAGAAGUAAAGCGCGAAAAUAGAGAAAAGCAGUGGACUCCACUAACCAAAACACCUUCUGAAGUCUUAGCUACAGAGAACCAUCAAUUCAAACCACCCUUGCAGAUGCGCAACAAAAGGGGUCAGGACCCAAAUCUCUUCUGUGAAUUCCACAAAGACACGGGCCACUUGACCGAUGAUUGCUUCAGCUUAAAACAAGAAAUCGAAAGAGCUCUAAGAGACGGAAAGCUCGGUCACUUAGUCAAAGGAGGAAAGCGCGAUUACCGCCAGAUACAACGAAGAGAUGAAGGUCCAGACAACAAGAAGCUCAGAAAGCUAGAAACUCAUAUGGUGCAAGGAGGACCACGGCGACCAAGAAAAAACUACAACAAACGCGCACAGGAUGAUUCAUGGCGCGAGAAGCAAGUAGUGUUCCCAAUUGUCAGGGGAGGUCCAAGAGAAAAGCGGCCAAUAGUCAUUCCAGGGGUGAUCGGCCACUACCAAACAGAUUACAUCUUUAUUGAUCCCGGAAGCACCGCAGACAUCAUAUAUGAACAGUGCUUCAAUCAAUUCGACCAAGAGGAUAAGGCGCGCCUGGAACCAGUUGACUACCCAUUAACUGGAUUCUGCAACGAGGCCGUCUUUCCCCUAGGACAAAUAUCUUUUCCAGUAUUACUUUCUGAUGGGAGAAAUUCAAGAACUGAAGAAGUCACAUUCAUGGUGCUACCGGCACAUUCAAGGCAUGACAUCCUCUUAGGACGAGAAUCCCAAGGAGAUUUCAGUAUGAUCUGUUCCGCACCACAUUCUGCCAUAGGCUUUCCAACCGAAACAGGCGUUGCGUUGAUAUACGCAAGCAAGGAAGUGCUAGCAACAGACGAAAUCAGGCCGGCAAAAGCAAGCAAGCCCGCACCGCGCAGAGAGGCAGAAAAAUGGGUAUUGAAUAGCGCAUACCCAGAACAAACGGUCACUCUGGGACCCGCAAUGUCUGACCUAACGCGUGCGGCGCUAAAGAAAUUACUGCAUGACAACAUGGACGUGUUCGCCUGGACACCGGCCGAUAUGGUUGGUGUUCCAUGGCAUAUAGCGGAACACCGGCUAAACGUCUCAGAGGAUGCGAAGCCAGUGGUGCAUGCCAAACGACACCUGGGGGACAUCAAAAAUGAUGCAAUGAAAGAACAAGUGUUAGAACUGCUAAACGCAGGAAUCAUCAGGGAAGUCCGGUACCAAACGUGGGUGGCAAGCCCAGUUAUGGUAAAGAAACCGAAUGGUAGUUGGCGAAUGUGCGUCGACUACAAGGAUCUGAACAAAGCAUGCCCCCGUGACUGCUAUGCGUUGCCAGACAUAGACGAGAAAAUAGAUUCUUUGGCAACGUUUCGGUGGAAAUGUUUUCUGGAUUGCUACAAGGGAUACCACCAGGUCCAGAUGGCUGUUCAAGACGAGGAUAAAACCGCAUUCCGCACGCCAACGGGGCUAUACUGCUACACCAAGAUGCCGUUCGGCUUAAAGAAUGCAGGUGCUACGUAUCAACGGUUGAUGAACGAAACAUUUAGUGACGCCAUCGGUAAAUACAUCGAGGUAUACAUGAACGAUCUGGUAAUCAUGAGCAGGGAGGAGAGCGCGAUGCUGGUAAACAUUCAGAAAACCUUCAACACGCUGCGCAGCGUGAGCAUCAAACUGAAUCCAGCAAAGUGCUCAUUUGGAAUGGAGGAAGGAAAGUUUCUGGGCUUCAUAGUCACCAAAGAUGGUUUUAAGGUGAACCCAGAAAAGGUCCAGGCCAUAGAGAGGAUGCCUUCACCAGCAAGCAUCAAAGAUAUGCAAAAGCUCGCAGGACGAUUGGCAGCCCUCAAUCGAUUCCUAGCUAACCACGCGGCAAAAUCUUUCCCAUUCAUCAACACCUUGCGAAACUGCAUGAAGAAAACCCAAUUCCAAUGGACUCCGUAAGCAGAAAAUGCGUUCCGCGAGAUGAAAGACUGUCUCAUCAAGCUGCCAACUCUAACCGCACCAAACAAAGGAGAACCUUUGGUUUUGUACCUCUCAGCUUCCGACAGGGCCGUCGGUGCCGUAUUGCUGGUUGAUCGACAAGGUGUCCAAACACCUGUGUAUUAUGUGUCCAGAACCUUAACCGACCCAGAAACAAGAUACGCAAUCAUGGAAAAGCUUGUCCUUGCACUGAUUCACGCGUCAAGAAGGCUACGCCGAUAUUUCGCCAAUCACGUCAUCCACGUGUUAACAAAUUACAAUAUUGGGAAUAUCCUAGCAAGGCCGGAAAUAUCAGGAAGGUUGGCCAAAUGGGCGAUAGAGCUAGGGGGACACAACGUAGUCUUCAGACCACGACCGUCGAUAAAAGGCCAAGUUUUGGCAGACUUCAUGACAGAAGUCCCCGAUGACAAAGACAGAGAGUGUAAGGCGAUGAAGAAAGCGGAGAAAAAACAAACCGAAGAACCAUGGAUGCUGUAUACUGACGGUCAACGAAGAUGGGGCAGGCGCGGGGCUACGGCUAGUGAGCCCUGACAAAAACGAGUUCACUUACGCCAUACGUCUAGACUUCAAGAGCACAAAUAACGAAGCAGAGUAUGAAGCCUUCCUGGCCGGCUUGCGCUUAGCAAUCAAAAUGGGAGUCCGACAUAUUGAGGCACAUGUGGACUCCAUGCUAGUGGCAGGCCAAAUCAACGGUCAAUACGAAGCUAAGGGCGACAUAAUGGCACUCUAUCUCAACCAAGCAAAGACGUUGCUGCAAACUUUCUAUUCUUACAAGGUGCACCACAUAAACCGCAGCGAAAACAAGCCGGCAGACGCCUUAAGCAAGCUUGCGUCAACAAAUUUUCAGCACCUAGCCAAAGACGUACGCAUAGAAGUUUUAAGCAACCCGUCUGUUCCACUCCGAGAAGUCAGCGUCAUCCAAACAGGAACCACGUCCUGGAUGACACCCAUCAUCAUGUACUUACAGUCCGGGAUACUCCCAGAAAAUAAAGCCGAGGCGCGGAAAAUCCAGUAUAAAUCAGAACAUUAUCAAAUGGCGGACGGGAUAUUGUACCGAAAGUCAUAUCUCGGCCCUCUGCUGAGAUGUGUUGACGCCGACGAUGCAAAUUAUCUGAUCCGGGAAGUACAUGAAGGCAUCUGCGGCAUCCACGCCGGGCCGCGCAUGGUAGUGGCUAAAGUAAUGAACGCCGGUUACUACUGGCCCGGAAUGCACCUCGAUGCCGUGAAGGAAUUAAGGAAAUGCAGCGGCUGCCAACGGCAUGCACCAAAAACCAUGCGUCCAAAAAACGAGUUGGUGCCAGUAACAACCGCAUGGCCCUUCCAGCAAUGGGGCAUAGACAUGGUGGGCCCCUUCCCAGAAGCUCCGGGGGCAGUCAAGUUCAUCAUCGUCGCGGUCGAUUACUUCAACAAGUGGGUAGAAGCAAAAGCACUUGCGUCAACCACAUCGGCAGUCGUUAAACGAUUUAUCUGGGAACAAAUCAUAUGCCGUUUCGGCCUUCCACUCCGAAUCAUCACCGACAAUGGUACAAAUUUUGCAGCAGAUGAUCUCGAACGAUGGUUUAAGGAACUAAACAUUGAACACACCUUCUCGUCGGUCGCACAUCCGCAAGGGAAUGGUCAAGUUGAAGCAGUCAAUAAGAGCAUCGUUGAUGGCAUCAAAGCAAGACUCGGUGAAAAAAGACGAGGAUGGGUCGACGAGCUACCAAGCAUAUUAUGGGCCCAUAGAACAAUGCCCAAGACAAGCAAUGGAGAAACACCGUUCAGCUUGGUCUAUAGGUCCGAGGCUGUGAUUCCAGCAGAAAUCGGGCUUCCAUCUCCGAGAAUGCUCUCCAUGAAUCUGAUCAAUAACGAAGAAGAAAGGAGGAUCGACCUGGAUCUCCUAGAAGAACGGAGAGAGAUGGCAGCAAUCAACGAAGCCAAAUACAAGACAAAGCUUGAAAAAUAUUACAACUCCCGAGUCCGGAUCUGCACCUUCAACCCAGGCGAUUAUGUCUUAAGGGACAAUGAAGCGUCCAACGCAGAAAACCGGGAAAACUGGCUCCCAAAUGGGAAGGCCCGUACAUCAUCGAUGAGGUCCUCGGCAAGGGAGCAUACAAGCUACGCACCAUGAACGACAAAGAGGUUCCACGAACCUGGAAUGCCCAACAGUUACGAAAAUGCUACAUAUAAACAUGUAAUCGUAUAGGGCGAAUCGCCGACACAUUUACCUAAUACAAGAAGUGUUUGGCUAUAUUUACUUCAUGCAAAUUUUUUGUCACAACUGCAUUUAUCACUUCGGGCGUACACGAAAACAUCAAUGGCUCGACCAUAGGAAACGUUGUAGACCUCCAAGGCUCGUCACAGCCAAGUGCACAGCCGGGUCGAAAACACAACCAAAGCCUACAAAACGGCAAAAAACAUAACUUCGUGCCCACAUAAACACGAAAAUAUCGAUAGCAAGGCAACUAAACAUUGUAAUGCUCCCAAGGCUGUAAUCCCAGCUGAGCUCACACAAUAACCUGCAACUCGAUCACUUCGUAUGUCACAUGCAAGCGCGCAUACUUAAACGACAGAAUAAAAACGUUGUAGUAACACAACAUCACCUGUCAGCGCCAUCAUUCAUUCGUGACACCUAAUCAAAGUAAUUAAAACAUGCACAUAUUAUGACGAUUUCAAAAUUUGCAUAAACAUAAUCAAAGUAGCAACACAUUUGUCAAAAUACAUAACACCGCAGGUACGAAAUAUGAAAUUGUCUUAAAACACCAUUACAAGCCCAUACAAGGCUAUACGCGGCACACAGGCCGGAAACUUCCACUUAAGGACGGCUGGGACCAGCACCACCUGCACCACCAGCGCCGUCAUCUCCCAAUGCUUUCUUCAACAAAGCAACUCCAUCAGCUUUGAGGGCCAAUUUGCCAGCAGCCUUCACAACAGCAAAGUCAAGCAUCGCAAAUGCUCGACGCUUCUCAGCAUACGCACCAUCACAAUCAGCCUUAUACAACUCAAACUUGUAAUCCUUAUCGUUAUUGGCAGCAGCUAAUCUACCCUCAGCAUACCCAAACUUGCGUCCGCUGUUAUAACCUGCCACGCCCAACUCAAACAUAUAGUUGGCAAGUUCCGACGAAUGUACGAUACGAUCAGCAAGCUACACGAAACACAGGGAGUAAAUAAAAUGACAAGGAAGAACACGCAAAAAACAAAAAGGAAAAACAGAAGAGAAGAAAAGUUACCAGGGGAACACCACGAGAUAACAACCACCUAGUAUCAGCUGCGGUUUCCUCAGCAAGGAGUUCAGAGGCACGACACUCCGCCGUCUUCUCAUCAAGAAGACGCUGAGCAGUCUCACAUUCAGACGCUUUUUCUUGCGCAAGAAGUUCUAGCUUGUCAAUCCGAGCAAUAUACUCUUUCUCCUUUUUCUCUGCAGCAAGCCGCACCUGAUUAGCCUCAUCAGCCAAGGCCGUCUUCUCACCGGAUAAACGAACAAUAGCAUCGCGCUGAGAUUGCAUCUCUGAGUUCGUGCGCGCGCAGGCAGAUUCCCAAUCUUUUUGUUUCUGCUCAUUCAACUUUUUCUGUUCUUCGAGCUUUCGCUCAGCUUCCGCAACCCUCCAUUGCAGCCCUUUCUUCUCCGCGUUAAACUUUUCUCUUUCCUCAGAGAAAGCCUUCUUAGACGCUUCAAACUCAAGAGUCUCUUCCCCCAUAAACCGCCAUUCACGAAGGAUUUCUUGAGAAGUGGCAAAAAAGUUGACCCCAGCCCUAACAUGAUCAUCCAUAAGAGCAAAGCGGUUACGGGUUUUCUGAAACAUCCUCUCAGCGGGCGGUAGAGCCAAAGAGAAAAACUGAUGACAGUUGUCCAAAUCAUCCAUGCGAGAACCCUGCACAAGAUUCCAACGGGGAGCAUGAGGCAUAUCAUCACAUGCCGGGUUAUCCCACGAAUCCUCAGGCACGCGUUCAAAGUGCGAAGAUCGCACAGUGCCAGAUGCGGCUCCAUCACCAGGUGGACGCUUGGUAUAAAUGGUCUGCGGCGGAGUAGUCUCACUAGACUCCACAUCCAGUUCAAUUCCCUUACCCUUGUCACCCGCCGCAACAUUACCCGCAGUCUCAUUACCUUCAGCACCACCUCCACCUCCAGUCUCACCACCCUCCACAUUCACCUCAACAUCGUCUCGUGGAGGAGUCAAACCAGCAGUCCUCGACGGAGGAGAAGUAAGUGGAGUAAUUUGAGAGAUAUCCACUGGUCGAGGUUUCUUACCCGUUUUAAGCACUGCAACAAAGCAACAAUCAACAAACGCAAAAAAAAAAAAAAAAAAAAAAAAAAAGAAACA